AGUGCAUCGGUUCAUCAUUCCAUCGUAACCCGGAUCGAUUGCUGCAAUUUGUUUACAAAAGUGACCAGCGUGUUUUUUUCUACUGUUCCAUCACCGCAGCAAGUGCUGUGCAAAAGGUGAAGUGAAAGGUCGCGAUAAUAGCCAGGAUAUUCCUAUAAUAGCAGUGUGUGCGAGGGAUAAGGUUGCCUCCUCGUUGACAAGGGCAGAGCUUUGUGGUGGAAAAUCGCUCCUGCAGCCCGGAUUGCCCUUAUACACGGUGUUUGUUCUAGUUAGCUUCGAUAAAUAGUUAUCCCAAGCCGGUCCCGGGUACUCGCCGCGGUGGAACCUUUUAUUUCCAACCUGCGCGGGAGUCAUUAUUUAUGCGGUCUUGUAUUUAAAUAUUUAUUGCCGUUCUGUAAUUUAUGGUUUGAAGCAUAACCGUGUGGCAAAAUCUGCGUUCCUGAUAGUGACGAGGCAAGGUUACGCUAACCUAGCUGGAAGGAAGAGAAUCGGUUUCGCUUGCUGAGCAAUGUCCUGGGCUAGCCUGGCCGUGCUUCAAACAUUUUCACGUGCCGGUGUGUAGGUGCGAAACUACGAAGAAGGUAUAGAGGGAGAGAGUGACUGUGAAAAUAGCAACGCGCAAAGACCGGAAUACGCCAGCCAAGAAACUCGAAAAAGGAACCGUCAUGGACACCGAUAAGGAGCAUACUCAGGUCCUGAUUAUAGAGCCCACGAAAAACUAUGGAACCACUGCCAACGCGGCUGAUGUUGCCUGGACGAAGACGCCGCAGUACCGGCAGCAGAAAUCAGUUACCUAUUGUGUGCACGGAAAACUGGCACAAUCCUGCUGUGAGCUACCGGAUGACCUGAACAUUAGGAAAAUUGAAUCACAUUGUCAUCGGCCACGGCAAUAUGGAGUUGAUAAAGUUGCCAGGAAGAAAUUAAUUCUAGCUAGCGUGCUGUGCGUUGUAUUCAUGAUAGCCGAGAUAAUAGGAGGCAUCUAUUCCAACAGUCUAGCGAUAGCGACGGACGCUGCGCAUCUAUUAGCCGACCUGGCCAGCUUCAUGAUUUCGCUGUUCGCGCUCUGGAUCGCCGCGAGACCAUCCACCAAGAGGUUGUCAUUUGGAUGGUACCGAGCCGAGGUGAUUGGUGCUCUGUCGUCGGUUCUAAUGAUUUGGGUCGUGACGGCGAUUCUGUUCUACAUGGCUGUCAUGAGAACCAUCGAGCAAAACUUCGAGCUGGAUGGCAGUGCGAUGCUGAUCACUUCCGGAUUAGGAAUCCUGGUGAAUGUCAUCAUGGGUGCAACGCUACACGGCCACGGUCACAGCCAUUCAUCAUCGUCAUCCCUCGACGCCAACGGUCACAGCCACGGACCAAACUCGGAGGAAAACAUCAACGUACGGGCGGCAUUCGUCCACGUGCUGAGCGACUUCGUCCAGAGCCUUGGCGUGUUCAUAGCGGCCCUCGUCAUCUACUUCAAACCGGAGUGGAGCAUUAUCGAUCCGAUUUGUACGUUCCUGUUCUCGAUACUGGUCCUGGUGACCACCAUUGCGAUUAUGAAGGAUGCACUGCUGGUUCUGAUGGAGGGUACACCGAAGUAUCUCGAUUACACCGAGGUGAUGCAAACUUUCCUUCAGAUCGAAGGUGUCGUACGAGUACAUAAUUUAAGAAUAUGGGCGCUCAGUAUCAACAAGAUUGCUUUGGCGGCUCACUUGGCUGUCGAACCGAACACGAACACCGAAGCGGUCCUCCAGCAGGCAACACGUUCCGUUCAUGCAAAAUAUGAUUUUUUCGAAACCACACUGCAGAUCGAGGAGUUCCAGCCAGACAUGGAAGAUUGCAAUCAAUGUACGAAUCCAAUUUAAGGAGGGCGGCUGUCGUUGCGUUGCACUGGAGUUGUUUCAGGCGGGCGCGUUUAUUUUU